UUUUAUUUGUAUGGGCUUUACUAAACAACAAGCCAAAAAAAAACAAUUUAAACUGAAGAACAAAGCAACAACAACAACAACAAAAAGGGAAAAAGUAAAUGAAAAAAAGCCAAAAAGUAAAAUCGUCAAACAGUCAGUCAUUCAGUCAUCAGUCACUUAUACAGAGAUACUGACAACACAAACGUACCCGCUACUUAGGACAUUUGUCAUCACAACUUUUACGAGAUGAUCAUUUAAAAUUGAAUCUUUUAAAUUUGUAAAUUUUUCAAAAAUAAAAUUCACAUGACAUUUAUCAAAUUCGAUAUUGAUUCAUUAUCAUCGUCAUCAUCAUCAUUAUCAUUAAAAAUGGAUUUAGAUUCUUGUUCCAUUGAUUCACGUUCUAGAUCACCAAUUAUUAUUGGUAACAAUAAUAAUUCUUCAUCAUUAUUAAUGGCUGCACAACAACAAAAUUCAGCAACAUCCGGUCGAAUAUUAUUAAAUAUUCCAUGUAAAGUUUGUCAUGAUUAUUCAUCAGGAAAACAUUAUGGAAUAUUUGCUUGUGAUGGUUGUGCAGGUUUUUUCAAACGAUCGAUACGUCGUAAUCGUCAAUAUAUAUGUAAAGCACGUGGUUCUUCAGCCAAUCGAUGUUUGGUAGAUAAAACACAUCGUAAUCAAUGUCGUGCAUGUCGUUUGAAAAAAUGUCUUCGUGAAGGAAUGAAUAAAGAUGCUGUACAAGAAGAACGUGGUCCACGAAAUUCAACAUUACGGCGACAAGUUGCAUUGAACAUGUGUGCAGCACAAACAUCAAGUUAUGCUGCAGCCGCAGCAUUAGCUGCUGCUGCAUAUGCUGGUCAUCAUCAUCAUCAUCAUCAUCAUCCGUUUUCACAUUCAACAACAUCAACAUUUCCAUAUCCACAAUCAUCAUCGACAACAGUGGCCGCACCAGCAACAACAACAACAACUACAUUUCCAUUUCAAUCAUCUGCGUCCGCAUCUGCAUUUGGUCCACCAUCAUUACAAUCAUCAUCAUCAUCAUCUGCAUCAUCAUCAUUUUUUCCUUUAAUUCCUAAUUAUAGCGUUAAUAAUCAUUCAUCAUCAUUACCUCAUCAUCAUCAUCAUCAUCAGCCAAAUAUUAAAACAACAUUUGAUCCAUCGGAUUAUAUACGAUUUUCAGCAGCUGCUACUAUGAAUAAUCGAAAUCCCAGUCAUAAUAAUGAUCAACAACAAUCACCAAAUCAUAAAGAAUCGGAA